AAACGGAGCAGAGAGAGAGAGCGCGGCUCUCUCGGCACAGUGGCGCAGGAUUUCAUAGCAGAACGACGGCGGCUUCCGUGGAGUGCGUACGCGGCGACCGUAAACUGUUACACCGUGCGCAGCCGAGAAAGAUUGCUCACACGGCUACUUUCUCCCUCCCCUCUCUCUCUCUCUCUCUUCUCUCUUUCUCUCUCUCUCCUCUGUCUAUCUUCUUUCAUUUUUUGUCUUCCUCUCUAUAUUUAUCGCUCUAAAUUUCUUACUUGCUCCGCCUCUAUCGUUUGUCGCGGACGCGAACGGUGACGCACGACGCACGGUCAUUGUCUUGACGUAUUCCCGCCGCGACAUCCGGGGUACCACAGUCUCGCGUUAAAGGACGUCGCGAAAGCUCGGCGAGAGAGUUUCAGAGCGUCUGAGAGGAGGGCGACGUAAAGAUGGCAGAGGACAAGAACGAGACCAGCCCGAGCGCCGAGGGCGAGAAGCCGCCUCAGGAAACGGCGGCGGCGUCGCCGCCGGCCAAGCCGGACAAGGAAGAGCCGACGAAGGAGUGCAAGGAGGACGAGAAGAAGGUCGAGGAGAAUGGCGACGGCGAGAAGCCGAAGGAGAACGGUGAGGAGAAGCCCACGCCGGAGCCGAAGGACAUGCGGGCGAUCGUGCUGAACGGUUUCGGUGGGCUGAAAAGUGUCAAGGCCCUGAGGAAGCCGGAACCCACCCUCGGCGAGGGGGAGGUUCUCAUACGAGUGAAAGCCUGCGGCUUGAACUUCCAAGAUUUGAUGGCCAGGCAAGGGGCGAUUGAUUCGCCCCCGAAAACUCCGUUCAUCAUGGGCUCGGAGUGUGCGGGCGAUAUCGAGCAAGUCGGCGAGGGAGUCGAGAACUUCAAAGUGGGCGAUAGGGUGGUCGCCCUUCCCGAUCAUAAAGCGUGGGCGGAGCUGGUUGCUGUGCCGGCGACGUCCGUUUUCGCGCUACCACCUGGGAUGAGCUACCUCGACGCGGCCGCCAUCACCAUGAACUACACCGUGGCUUACAUUCUGCUGUUCGAGCUGGCUAAUCUCACGCCCGGCAAGAGCCUGCUGCUCCACAGCUCCGGCGGCGGUGUGGGCCAAGCGGUGGUCCAGCUGGCGAAAACCGUGAAGGACGUGACCAUCUUCGGCGUCUGCAGCAAGUCCAAGCAUGAAGCUCUCAAAGCCGCCGGAACCAUCGACUAUCUUCUGGAGCGCGGCACGGACUAUAGCAAUGAAGUCCGAAAAAUUUCCCCCGAAGGCGUGGACAUUGUCUUGGAUUGUCUGUGUGGCGAGGAAUGUAACAAGGGCUAUGCCCUCUUGAAACCGAUGGGCAAGUACAUCCUUUACGGAUCCAGCAACGUCGUCACCGGAGAAACCAAGAGCUUCUUCUCCGCAGCGCGAUCAUGGUGGCAAGUCGACAAAGUGUCGCCUAUAAAGCUGUUUGACGAGAACAAGACAUUGUCUGGGCUGAAUCUGCGCCACUUGAUGUACCAGCACGGCAGUCACGCGUUUGUGCGACGGGCAGUGAAUCAAGUGUACACACUGUGGAGCGAGGGCAAGAUUAAGCCGACGGUGGACUCGACGUGGGCGCUGGAAGACGUGCCCGAGGCCAUGCAAAAAAUGCACGAUCGCAAGAACAUUGGUAAGAUCGUUCUGGACCCGAGUUUGGAGCCAAAGCCCAAACCAGCUACACCGGCUAAAGGCAAGGCGAAGGACAAGAAGGCCGCGAAUCAGGAGGAGAAGAAGGCGUCUAGCGUAGAGUCGGAGGAGGGGGAGAAGAAGAAGGAACCGGAAUUGACAAACGGCACCUCCGAAGACAAAUCUGAUAGCGAUUCGAAAGAAAAGGAAUCUAGCUGAAUUAGCAGUAGUAACUAAUCCUAUAAGACAGAAAACUGAUGCCCACAAACAUCAAGAAUUUCCAGGAAAGUACUAAUACUGAGAGACGAUCCAUCGUUGUUGCCCGAGAACAAAAAGAGAAAAAAAAAGAAAGAAAAAGAAAAAAGAAAAAAGAAUUGAAUUCGACCCGAGACUAAUCAUCAGUGGUAUCGCGCAAAAUUUACAUGCAGAUGAACCAUAACGAGAUAAUUAUGAUUCAUAUCGCACGAUCUAACAAUUAUAACGCGCGGCAGGGUAAUCUUCGAACGUGGUUGGCCUGUCUGCCAUACGUUGAGACGGAGUCAACUGACGUUGACGUGGUUUCAAUUUAGCGAGGUAAUCGAUCGCUUACGCUGCAAAGUACACUUCCUUUUUUCCCUUCGCGUCCCUUUCACGGGCGCUCUUUUCACCGUUUGUCAUCUGCAUGUGUCCAUUCUCCUCACAUUUGCGCCGAGAUAGGAAGGGUUCACGCGAACCACGAGCGGAGCGAAGCGACAGCGUGUCGUGUGAGAACGAGAGAAGCAACCAAAUAGAAGUAACAAUCUUGACGCGGUCCACAGUAGUUUACAGAAUAUAAGAACGUUAUGUUUAUUUUUUCACACCGACCAAAUGGUUAAUUUUGCGAGGAGUUGCGUGAACAGCUGUUGGAUAUCAGAUAAUCGUUAAGCAGCUCGGUUCCUUUUUCCUCUUACUCAGUAACCGCUAUUAUUAUAUCGUCUUGAGGAAAUGGAUGCAACAGCCUUUCCGUACUUAUUGUACUCUUGUCGAGCUUAUGAGACGACUACGACGGGGAACGUGAGCUGUUUAAUAAUUGUAACGUUGUCCAAUAGCUAUCCACUUGGCUCUGUCUAUUUGUAUCAAAUAUUAUCACUGCUACUACGGUAUAUACUAACAUUCUCUUACACUAAUAUAAUAUUACCUCUAUUUGUAAUUUAAUGGGAUAAAAUAACGUAAUUCCGCUGAAGUCGAGUUUCCGUGGGAAAGCUAUAAACGCGGAGCUGCAUAUUACUUUCAUAUGUAAAUUUUAUGUACCAGAGAUGUUUUUACGCCACUUUAUUAUUCAUCCUGACAUUUUUGCCGGAUGAAAUAUCCAUUUAAAUCUUGACGGUAACCAUGAAAGUCUCGAGAGUGUAACAUUUAGUAUUACGUGUACGCGGCAUUUCGCUGGGAUUUGGACGCUUUUUUUCGUACUUUCAUACUUGGUAGUUUUCGUGUAAGAUUAAUCGUAGGCUUCGGGGAUUUUUCUACGCGACAAUUUUGAAGGAGCGUCUGAGGUAAUCAACUGCCGAACAAUCGACUGCGUUCGGCGGUUUUCUAGAUCGAAAUUCUGCCUCCCUCUCCAAAUCACGCGCACUGAUUUUUAGCAACGAUUUAUAUCAACGAGACGCUUUCGAAAUGUUUGUAGCUAAGUUCUCGACGAAACGAUCCGACGUGACGAUGAACUCCUUCAAGGGCGAGUGCAUCCGUUUGACCCGCGCUAAAAAUUUCGGAUGGCGAUCGGAUUCGAUAUCUAAUUAAGAAUUAACUGAUAUAUAGCACGCGAAAUAAUUAAGUGAAAAUCUAAUUAGACUGAUUAAUUACGGCUUGAGAUCUUAACAAGCCUAUAGUGGAGAGACAUUGCUCGGCACAAAAAUGCUUUGAGAAUGAUCUUAGCGAAUGUUGGCGUAUCUCAUUUCUAUGCGGAACUUUCGAAUCAGUUUUAACGGGAAGAAAGACGACGAUCGAGGGCGUAAACGCUCGACACGAUGACACAACAAAUGUCUCACAACGUUUUUAUUCAAAUGAUACGAAUCGAUGAUGUACUUUAAAGGCUCCGAGUAACUUUAUUGUUUAAAUGAAAUUUUAUAAAACAUAUUUAAUGACGUUGCAUCAACAUAUGUACAUGAAGAGUAAUUUAACGAAUUAGCGUCGUAGAAGCUUAAAGUAUAUCGCUUUCUCCGUAAGAAGGAACGACAGUUUAAAGGUAAAAUACGCAAGGCCUCAUUUUUUUAACGUCACACACACACUCGCGUGAAUACACACAGCUGUGUCGCCUAGAGCCGAACGCGUGACUGCGAUACGAUAAAAGUUACGUUGAAUCCGCAUUGCGGUUUUUCCUCAAACUUUCGAACCUUCGCGUAAGAUUUUCGACGACGGCCGCGACGCCGUGGUGUCUCGGCCGUUUCGUACGAAUAAUAGCAAGAAGGACGCGUUAUCACAUUAACGGUGAUCUGUUGAGCGAGAGGGUUUCAUAGUAAUAUAAACGAAGGAGCGAGGGAUCCUCCCACGGGAGGAUUUCAGAGGAGACGAGAGAAUGAAAGAAGACAAGAAAAUAAAGAGCUGAACAAAGAAAAAAAGAUGAAAAGAUCUCUCGAGGGUGUGUCCUCGACGGAACGCGGCUCGGUGGAGGAGCUGGCCGAUGCAGAACAAAGUGCAUAUCUUUCCGGAACGUUGGAACAAUUUUGGUGUAGCCGAUUUCGUUAGGGUUUGAUACUAGCUCUGUAUACCGAUAUCUAUAUUAUACAAAUCACUAUGCGAAGAAGAAGAGACGCGGACGAGGGGGAAGGUAUGUGUCGACGAUAUAUAUCUCAGCGCGAACAUCUCAUCAGAAAAGGAGGGAGGGAGAGAGAGAGAGAGAGAGAGAGAGAGAGAGAGAGAGAGAGAAAGAGAGAGAGAGAGAGAGAGCAGGAAAGUCGCGAGGAGAGUCGCGCAAGAGAAUUACUGCCGUAUCGAAUCUCUCGGUCCAAAAGUACAUAGGAUUGCUAUCUUACUCAUCAAGAAAACGUAUCGAUCCGAGGUAAAAGAAAAGAAAAAAAAAGACAAAAAAGUAUACACGACAAAAAAAAAUAAUGCGAAAAACAUGGUUAAUGUGGCUACAUAUUUUGAGACAUCUUUUAAACACACGUAAGACACACUUAAUCCCGAGGUACACACGAGGUAACCGACCACACGAAUACACGCCAGACACACGACGCCCACACACACUAGUAACGACGACACACAUCAUACUGUAUAUUUUAUUGUACGGCUUUAAAUGUUUCAUCAAAUAACUCUAUUAUAUUAUAAUAUAUCUAUAUAUUUGUAUCGAUCGUUUCCUCCUGCCCUGAUUUUUCAUCUAGGUCCGUAUAGCACGAACGAUCAGGAAUGUUGCGAAUCUUGCUACACGCUGUAGGAUCGGGACGCGCGAGGGCUUCGAAUGCACACGAGAGAAGGAGAGAGAGAGAGAGAGAGAGAGAGAGAGAAAGAGAAAGAAGGAGAGCAGCAACGUGUCUGCCCGAAAAGUCGAUUUUGCGACGGAGAAAUUGCAUGUCGCACGAGAAUAAUUGGCGAUAUCGAUCGAACGGCCGAGUUUUGAGCGAAAGCCCGAGCUACCGAAGUAGCGCUUUCGCCGGAUGUUUUGCGCUCAUUGCUUUCAUCGUGGAUCGGCCUCGUGGUCGAUUCACAGCGAACGUCAUCGUUUCGAUACUUUCUGUACAACUGAAACAGUGUGUAUCCAUGUGCAUUCUCGGUUAUUUUCUCUCGACAGGAGGAAGAGGAGGCAGGGAGAGAAAGAGAAAGAGAGAGAGAGAGAGAGAGAGAGAGAAAAGAUUUCGGAUACUUUGCGCGUUCAAACACCCUCCGAUUCAAAAGGCACAGCCCCGACGACGGGAACGCGAGUGAAUUAUUGAUUUUCAAUUAUUCGCACAUCUCUCAGACCGGAAACGUUUGCCUAAAGCGGACCCAAGCGAAAGAGCGAUGGCGAAAUUCGGCGCGCUAUCUUCCCUUUUUGAUGUCGCACGGUCAAGGUACAUCCGUGAGAGACUGUCGCUACUUUAGACGAGUAUUUCGCCUAGGAAUGUCAAAGUCGCACGCACGCGAAUAUUGGCUGACGAUCCGUCGUGGAGAGAGGAUGCUUCUGUAGCUGUAGCUGACGGUAGACAUUUCUAAGCGUUUUGAAAUAAAGAGUGCAUAUUUAUCGCGUCGUGUUAGCUAAACGUCCAAGUCGCGUUUGUAAUGAAUCUUAUGAGACGAUUUUCAACCUUUUCAACAAUGACAAUCCGCACAAAUUAACGAACCGACGAGACGUUCGACGUAAUAUUUUAUAAGAGUCGUCAUCAGCGCGUGAGAAUGACAAUGAAAGAGAGAAAGAGAGAGAGAGAGAGAGAGAGAGAGAAGGAGAGUUUACUCGCAGUCGCUGCAGAAAAAUAGGGUACGCGGCGGGAGUCCGUUUCCGAACUUUAGCUUGAAGUAUAGUCGAAUUCAAAGUAUAGUUUCGCGAAGAAAGAAGGGCUCGUCGAGGCUAAUUAAAAAUGAUAACCAUUCCGUUGGUGCGAUAGAUAGAUAGAUAGAGAGAGAGAGAGAGAGAGAGAGCGAGAGGAGAGGAAAUGAAAGAGAGAAGGCUACGCACGUGCGUCUUACUAGUUGCGCGAGUCCGUAUCGUUAGAGAGAAAGAGAGAGCAGGACCUACAGUUUCACGAACGUGAUACAUUAUAAUUAUGUGUAAAAUUGUAAAAUUCGUCGAGGGGUCCGGGCGAAAGUAAAACGCGCCUCUUCCCGCCGUGAGGUUCUCGCCGCGCGAUCCACUUCGCCGAAGAUGCUCACGAGAGAAGGAAAGAAGUCUUUUUGCCCGCUCCCCGCCAGGCUUGACAUAUAGAUUGUAUUUUUGGCUUAUUAUUGUAAGACUGACUAUGUUGCUAUAUUAAAGAUUGCUUCGAAAACAGGG